AUGGACUCUCCCGGUGUGCUCCUUUACAGGACUGCGCAGUUGAGCAUACAGCGAAUUGACAACGUCACUCUGAGCACAGAGGGGAAAGAGCUUCUGUACGUGACGCCCGACGGCUUCAUCGGCGGAACAGGCUUGUUAUCAGCCUAUCUGAUGCAACAGGAUAUGAUGGAUGAGCGGGCAGAAAUCACUCAUUACUCUGCCCAGCCCAUUUGCAAUCACGCGCGGAACUUCCAAACCAAAGCCGGCAGCUUGUAA